CUUCCCUCCUUUUCGUCCCUGCCUCUCUAUUCCCUCUGGUUUUAUCUCUCUCUAAACCAUAAACCCUUUGGAUCUCUCUAUCUUGGAUCCAAGCCAGACUGGACACACAAUUGAAGUGAUUUAGGGUUUUAAGGAUUUCCAGAACCAAUAUUUGCAACGAUGGAGGUUGAUAUGGAGACUUCUCCCAGCUACUUCGACCCCGAAGAUCUCAGCACCAGAGAGCGCUAUCGUCGUUAUGGGAAAAGGCACUCAACUUCCAGUCACGACAAUUCAGUUUCUAAGUUCAGUGGAACCAGGAUUUUGUAUGACGGGCAGAGCAUUGAAAGGCGGCCAAACGCUGCACUUUUUCUUGAAGAUAUCAAACAAGAGGUUGAGAGCUUUGAUGCUGAUCAAUUAGAAGGAACACCUGCAAAGACACAAUCUGGUUUGUGGAGAAAAUCAUUGGCUGGCAGUCGUGGUGUAUCUGAGGCAGAUGUUGCUGCUGAUUCGAUACAUCGACCUGGAAGUUAUUCAUUAAAAUCUUGCAAGCAUGAGGAUGAUGCAUUGUCAGAUGGUGGAGAUACAACUUUUACUUUAUUUGCUUCUCUACUUGAUUCUGCUCUCCAAGGUGCUUGAAGUAAAAUUUCUCAAUUAAAAUCA